AUGGAGGACGCAAGGACAGCAAAUCCGGUUCCUGCUUCUCCUGCAACUGGUUGUGGAAGGGAUCACAGUACUAAGAUGGGGGAGACACCACAUGCUCCCUCUCCUCUCCGUCUUUCUAGCUGCAGGAGAGACAGGAUUACUAGCACACCUGUGGACGAGCAGCCUGAUUCUCCAACAUCUCCAUCAUCAUGUACUCUACCCAACGGCUAUUCUCCGGUGAUGAUAAGAAACUCAUCUUUAGACGAUUAUGGACCGCCACCGCCACCGCCACCUGUAAAUCAAGAGGAGGCACACUACAACGACAACAGCCCUAUAGCCAGCUAUACGGAUGCAUCAUUCCAGUCCAAUCAGGAUGUCGAGCCAUUCAAUUGUGAUGAUUUGGAGUAUGGCGAUAUGAACCCACCUGGUUACAUCGCAGAUCCUUGUGUGGUGGUUCGUCAAGCCAUUUCAUUCGCAGAAACAUCGCUGAAAUGUCACAAUGAUGACCCAAGCAACGAAGUGAAGUAUGAACUUAUCGAGGCUACCAAGAGUAAUGUCAUGCUUCACGGUAGCGGUUAUUAUGCCCAUGUCAACUUCACCGCGAGGGCAAAGGGAGAAGGUUCCCAGCAGGAGCUCUUCUUUGCAGAGCUGAACCUACAUGGACGGCUUCACGACUUUGACGUGCUUUCGCCCCUUGAAAGAAAAGGACGACCAAGUUGGUUCGUGUUCCCUAUAAUCUCCAUCUCCUCUAUAUAUUCAGUCCUAGCCUGA